AUGGCCGGCCGUCGUUGUGUACCACUGGCCCGAGCGAGCGCGACCUGCCGAAUGCGCCGCGUAGUGGCAGUUGCCGAAAUUCCGGGAUACCCAGGUUAUGAAUGGGUAAGGGCAGACGACGGUGACAGUGGAACACCUUUGCUUAUUCAACAGAACAAAUAUCGCGACGAGCAGAUGGGAACUAGGUUCGAUUCGGUUCCUUUGGUAAAUGCGUUUGGCACAUAA